CUCCGUGGAUCUAUCUGUCUGUCCAUUUGUCUGUCUGUUAACUCGAGUGGCUGACCAACGGACGCAUCAACCACAUCAAUCAUGCCCCUGGUGAAGGUGGACAGUCCGAAUGUCGAGUACAGCGGUGAGCACAUCACGUCCCACUACGACUACAGCACGGUGGAGGUGCGGGAGGACAGCGGCCACAAGAUCUGCACCCCUUCCACGCGGCGAUUCACCAUCCGCACCGAGCGGCACGUGCCCAAGACGGGCCUGCUGAUGGUCGGCCUGGGCGGCAACAACGGCACCACCGUCCUUGGAGGUAGUACACCAGCACACACACGGCAUGGCACGCCACGCCAUGCAUGUGAUCUUUGACCUCUGUGUGUGUUGCGUCUUGGUUGCAUUGCAGGCAUUUUAGCGAACAAGUACGGUAUGACAUGGGAGACCAAGGAGGGCACCCAAUGCGCCAACUACCUGGGCAGCCUCACCCAGUCGUCGACGGUGCGGCUGGGGACCGACGCCCUCAAGGGGACCGACGUGUACGUGCCGAUGAGCGACCUGCUGCCGAUGGUGCACCCCAACGACGUGGUCGUGGGCGGCUGGGACAUCAGCGGCACCAACAUGGGCGACGCCAUGAGGCGUGCCAAGGUGCUCGAUGUGAGCCUGCAGCUGCAGCUCUACCCCCACAUGAAGGACAUGGUGCCCAUGCCGGGCGUCUACUUCAAGAACUUCAUCGCCAGCAACCAGGAGGCUAGGGCAGACAACGUCCUCCGCGGCACCAAGAUGGAGCAGAUGGAGCAGGUGCGGCAGCAGAUCCGCCAAUUCAGGGCCGCCACAGGGGUGGACAAGGUGAUUGUGCUGUGGACGGCCAACACGGAGAGGUAUGCCAGUGUCGGGCAGGGGCUCAACGACACGGCCGCCAACCUCAUGGCGGCCAUCGAGAGGGGCGAUGACGAGAUCUCCCCUUCAACCAUCUACUGCGUGGUCAGUGAGUCAGCUACCCACCCUCCCCCACACACCUCUCUGCUCUCCAUGUCUGUCUGUCCAUCUGUCAUGCAGGCGUCGAUACUGGAGGGGUGCAGCUACAUCAACGGCUCGCCUCAGAACACGUUCGUGCCCGGCGUGUUGGAGCUGGCGACGCAGCACGACACCUUCAUCGCCGGCGACGACUUCAAGUCUGGCCAGACCAAGAUGAAGUCGGUGCUGGUGGACUUCCUGGUGUCUGCGGGCAUCAAGCCCACCUCCAUCGUCAGCUACAACCACCUCGGCAACAACGACGGAUACAACCUCUCCAGCCCACAACAAUUCAGGUGGGUGCGGCGGGAGCACCUGUCGGCAUGCAAACCAAACGCCCCCAUGUAUGGUGUGGUGUGGUGUGGGGUAUCGAUGGAUCGGUCAGGUCGAAGGAGAUCUCCAAGAGCAACGUGGUGGACGACAUGGUGGCGUCCAACCGUCUGCUGUACCAGGAGGACGAGAAGCCCGACCACUGUGUGGUCAUCAAGUACAUCCCCUACGUCGGCGACAGCAAGCGCGCCAUGGACGAGUACACCUCCGAGAUCUUCAUGGGCGGCCACAACACCAUCGUCAUGCACAACACGUGCGAGGACUCGCUCCUCGCCGCGCCGCUCAUCAUCGACCUGGUCGUCCUCUGCGAGCUGGCAGAGCGCAUCCGCAUCAUGGACCACACACACAAGACGCCAAAAUACGAAAAGGUGAGGCGGCGACACGAGGGAGGGGCCCUCUGCAGCGUAUGCAUCCUGUGUGUGCGUGUGUGUGUGUGUGUGUGUGUGUCAGAUGCAUGUUGUGCUGUCGUUGUUGAGUUACCUGACGAAGGCGCCCAUCGUUCCCCCCAACACGCCUGUCGUCAACGCCCUCUUCAAGCAGCGCGACUGCAUCAUCAACAUCAUGCGCGCAUGCGUGGGACUCCCCCCCGACAACCACAUGCUGCUGGUUAGUCCCUCCCUCCCACACUACCCACACCCACACUGACACAUGGAAUCCAUGUGGAUGAGUGAGUGUGUGUGGGUGAUACGUGUGACUGACUGCUCAGGAGCACAAGUUGAAGACGGCGGGGUCGUGUCAGCGGUUGCUCGCCACGCCGCCGACGCAGCCCACGACGCCCGGCAUCGACCAGACGCCGCCAUCAUUCGCCAAGACGGAUCUGCUGCCCGCCACCAUGGUGCCCGCCGCCGACGCCGUCGACAUGCACAGCAAGACCAUCACCACCCAAUUCAACAACAGGGACGCAGAGGCGGCCUGACGGAUGGAUGGAUGGACCGCACUUACAUACAGAGAGGGGAGGGGUAUGUGGAGGCAUGGAUGGGAUGGGUGCACGUGGGUGGGACUGUUUUGCCAAAAGGGUGAGUGUGGGGGCUGGGCCGGGGAGAGGUGCGGUGCCUGAGAUUGGGGAGCCGUCUGUGUGUGCCAAGGGAAGAUGCAUAUCAUCCUUCCGUCACUGGCUGACACAUGACAUGCACCCACCCCACCCGGGUACCAUUGCGAUACUGUCUGUAUCUGUGUGUCUAUCAGUCUAAUUGGUCGAUCCAUCAUCGCACCUGCUGAUGGACCGAUGACGCGGCAACAGCGGGAGGGAGGGAGGGAGGGAUGGAUGUGGACUUUUGAGGGCUCACUCGGUUAUAUUGCAUGCCUAGCAUGCCUAGCAUUCGGAUCAGCGUGUAUACGCGUGAAUACACAUGUACGGCCAUGCAGGGACACGAAGCCACCCCACACGACACAUCUCUACGGACCGACCUGACCCGUCACCUUCGUUCGACUGUCCAUGUAUGUAAAGUUUUGAACUCACUCUCUCUCUCCCUUCUUACCCAAUUCAAUUGGACGCACUGACUUGACUUCUUGUUCGUUCCUUCUGUCCUUAUCUGAAUGACAAAGUGUGUUUUUGCGUUUUGGUUCCCAUUUUUCUCUGACACGCGCAAACGUAUACAAAUAUCACACAGCAGCGGCUGUCGGUAAUAUUGGUUUAAGUGUGGGGUCGGUGGGCGGGGCGGGUGGGGUUUGUUUGUUUGUUUGUAGGCAGGGGCGCCCUUUCGUUUCGUUUGUGUGUGUAGCUAGCAUGAUCUGAAGAGAGUGUACAGUAGACAGCGUCUGUGUGCAGACAGUAGCUGUGUGGGUCCCUCAUUCCGUCAUCUUCUUCACCCAUCGCCGCUUUUUUCCUCACCCAAUCCCAUCCGUUUCUCUCAGCGAUGGAUGGAUGGAUGGACACCUUCCUGUCAUCUAUCUAUCUGUCACGGGUUGUUUUGACAUUCUGCCCCUGCGAAUGAAUUUCUGUGUCGAAUGCCUGUCUGUCGGUCUGUCUGUCUGCCUGCCGUAAGUCUGCCUUAAUGGUGCAUGAGUGCAUCCAUCCGUGCGACCAACAAGUACCGUAUCAGUCUGUGUCCAUCUGCCUCUUCCACACUUGCUCAACGCCUACCUGGUAGACGCACUGAUGUGCGUCAGCGAGUGAGUCCAUCUGCCUGUCUGUCUGCCUGUCUGUCUGUGUGUGUCUGUGUGUGUGUGGCAGCACCCGUAUGAGGAGUCGACACCCAGCCAGGGUACCAGCCCCUGGUUGUCGCUAGCAGC